CCUUUUAACAGUACACACACGGCCUUAAUACUUACAAAGAAUAUUUAAAUUUGAGUAUUUGUUUGAUUUGAUAUUAACAAGAAAUUGAAAAAUUAAAAUUUUAAACCAAUUCAUAGUUUCCAAUUAUUUUUAUUAAAAUCCAUGCCAUGAACCAUAGAGCAAUGAAUCUUAUCGACAAAAAUUAUCGAUGGUGUCAUGCUCGGCACUGGCACGGUUCGAUUCUGUCAAGGAUUUUUUUUUGUUUUAAUGGCGCAAAAUUUCAAAUUGUCAUAGCAGUGUUUCAGAUAAAAGCAUAAAACUAAAUAUUUUAUAAAUUUUAGUGUGAAAACAUUCCCUAAAAUUAGAAUGAAGCCGUUUUUAUUCAUCGCGAUUAUAAUUUGUUUCAUCCAAAAAGCGAUCACUCUUAUACCUCCAAAAUUUCAAUGGAAACUAAUCGACUACGCAUGGGAGGGCGACUUCAAGGAUACGGCUCUGGCCAUGGGGGCGUAUAUUCCUGAAAAUAAUAUGCCUACAGGGCUGGCGAGGUGGAAGGACAAAUUAUUUAUUACCGUUCCUCGGUGGAAAAGAGGGGUUCCUUCCUCCCUCAACUACGUGUACCUGAACGGCAGCCAGCAGGAGCCCCUGAUCCCGUAUCCGACGUGGCGCGACGCGUUCGUGACCGACGACGCGUGCCAUCCGUCCACCAACGCGACCGUCGUGUCCACCUUCCGCGUCCACAUCGACCGCUGCGACCGCUUGUGGGUCAUAGACAAUGGGGUCGCCGAUAUGUCCAACGCCGUCAGGCAGAUAUCGGACCCGGCGGUGCUGGUGUUUGACCUGAAGACCGACACACUGCUGCGCCGAUACGACCUCGGCCCAGACGUGCUCAAGGACUCUUCAGUUUUGAGCAGCAUCGUUGUGGAUAUCCCAGGCAAGCAUUGCGACGACGCGUACGCUUACAUAACCGACAUGGGCUCAAACGCCCUCAUAGUGUACGGUUUGAAGGCCCAUGAAGCGUGGCGCGUCGAGAACCACUACUUCCAUUUCGACCCACACGCGGGGGUGUACAAAGUUGGCGGGGUCGACUUCUACUGGAGCGAUGGCGUGUCUUCGGCUGCUUUGUCUCACACUAAGAGCGAUGGCUACCGAGAUCUAUACCUGCACCCUACUUCUAGUACAAAACAAUUUAAAAUGUCCACCAAAUUGUUAAGACACAAGGAUGCUCCGAGAGAGGAUGUCUUCAACGGGGUUGAGAUCAUAGGAGACAGAGGCCCCAUGUCUCAAGCGUCAGCGUGCGAUUACGACCAAAAAAACAAUAUCCUAUUUUACACUCAGCUGUGUAAGAACGCAAUAGGGUGUUGGAACGUCGACAGGCCGUUUAUUCCAGAGAACACCCUGAUUCUCAUGAAGGAUUGCAACAUGCUGGAAUUCCCGAACGAUGUCAAGGUGGACCAAGAAGGAAACCUGUGGAUUCUGAGCGACAGGCAGUCGCGAUUCCUCUACGACUCCAUGAACUUCAGCCAGGUCAACUUCAGAGUCCUCACUGCCCCGGUGACGUCACUCGUGCAGGGGACUCCUUGCGAAAGGAUGUCAAUGCUGGGCCGGGCUCUAAGCGCACUGAGUUUCAAGAAGGCAUCUAAGACCAAGCCAGCACCGGACCUGAAACCUCUGAAGUCCAAUGACCCGAGGUCCGCGUCUUGUUGCUCACAGAUGAUGGACAAAGACAAUAAGGAAAUGAAGGCUGCUGAUGAGAAGACCGAUUCUUGCUGCUCUCAGGAAAACAAGGAUAACAAGGACGCUUAAUAAGGGUUGCAGAGUUUAGGGCUUGUUCUCAUUGCAAUCCAGUUUUACGGGACCCCAGUAAAGCAGAAUUCUGCAAAACUGGACUGUUACGUGAACACACAAUGACAUGCCAAAUCUCAUAAGUUGUUUCAAAUUCGAACGGAUCGGUUUUUUUGGGACAUUAUAAACACGAUUUUCGUGUGACUUUUAUUAUUAAAACACGGAUACUUCUAAACGGGAUAUCUCCGUGGGAACAAGCCCUUAGUUAGCUAAUGAAGUUUACCAUAGUCUCCAUAACUAUCUGUGUGUAGACUGCAAGCUUCGCAAACCCUGGGAAAAUGCGUCAGCUACGUGAGCUAAGUUAGGUAUAAUUUCGAGCUGUUCCCAAAAGCUUUAAACCUUUUCGAGUGAUGCUAUAGUUCUCAUCGUAUUCCAAAAAAAGCGCCCAAAACUUGAGUUAAACGGAGAUUAAUGUUUAUGUUAAAACAAUUUAGCAAAUUGGUACUGAUCGCCGAAUGCACUAUUUAUUUAAUUAUAACUUUUGAAUAUUUAUGUUAAUUUAUUUUAAUACAUUAAACAUAAUAUAUUAUGGA